GGUAGUGAAUUGUCUGAUGACAGUGACAGCUGUUCUGAUUCCUCGCAUCUUCGCUUAUUGGAAGAGUUGGGGAUUCGUCUUUAACUUUUGAGGUAAUUGUGUGUCAUGUGGUAAGUUCAGGCGACGCAGACCUCUGCCCUAGAUGACCGUGUCCAGAAAAUUGAUAGUGUAAACUUCCGUCGUUGAUCCAUUGCAACAGUUUGAGCCCCAAUAAACAUGGCAGAGAUGUCGGAUGUGUACGAUGACAUGAAUCUGUUCGCAACGCCUGAACAGUUCAUAAUCGAGCCUUGCGGGAAAAAUGAGCUGUUAAUCAUUGACAGAAUUAGCGGAGGAGUCAAAGUUCAAGCCAGAACAAAUCAAAUCCAAGGCCUGCAUCCGAUAUGCCGGAUAUGUGGCGUCUUGGGAGUAGUCAAGCUCACCGCCGGCUUACACCUGGUCGUGGCCACACAUCGGAUCUUCGUUGGCAUCCUGAAUGGCCAGAUAAUAUGGCAACUGGCUUGCUACGACAUCAUCCCCUACAUUCCUUCUGUUACGCAUUUGACGAUGAACCAGAAAAAGCAAAACGAAACGUACUUGCAGAUGGUGAGGAAGAACCUAGACAUGCCAAUCUUCUACUUUUCGUACACCUACGACCUUACGCACUCGCUGCAGCGACUGAAUUCCAUGCCGCCAGAUUUCUUGAAGAACGGAAUGCUGGACAGAGCUGACGAACGAUUCGUCUGGAAUGGGCACAUUCUAAAGAACUUCAAGUGUCCGGAAAUGAGAAGAUUCGCCUUGCCGUUGAUGGUUGGAUUCGUUUCAAUCAAUCAAGCGAACGUGAAUGGCUAUUCCUUCGUCUGGACGAUAAUAUCACGGAGAUCAGUCAACCGCGCUGGAACACGUUUGUUUUCACGGGGAAUUGAUGACAAUGGAAACUGUGCGAAUUACGUAGAAACUGAACAGAUAGUGGAAUACGAUGGCGAGCGGAUAUCGUUCGUGCAAACAAGGGGCAGCAUUCCUGGGUACUGGCGGCAAACACCAAAUUUACGAUAUAAACCGCCACCCGAAAUUGUUGAAGGAAAAGACCAUCUAACAGCAUGCGCCAAACAUUUCGAUGGACAGUUUAUGAUGUAUGGCAGACAAGUAAUAAUCAAUUUGAUUGAUCAUCGUGGUCCCGAAGAUGUUCUCGAAAAAUUCUAUUCGUCACUGAUACAACAACUCAACAAUCCUGCCGUACGAUACGAAGCAUUUGAUUUCCAUGCCGAAUGUCGAAAGAUGAGAUUCGAUCGUUUGAACAUAUUGGUUGAUCGACUUGCCCAUGAGCAAGACGAAUUUUCUAUUUUCCAUUUACACAAAGACGGAACACUCCUCUCGUCGCAAGAGGGUGUAUUCCGGACUAAUUGCAUUGAUUGUCUGGAUCGAACGAAUGUCGUGCAAAGCAUGUUGGCUAAACGUUCGCUUACAAAUAUUCUCACGAAAUUGGGCAUAUUACAUUCAGGUCAGAGUUUAAGUUCGACCCCGAGUUUUGAGAUGCUUUUUAAAUCAGUGUGGUCAGAUAAUGCUGAUUUGAUUGCCACUCAGUAUACUGGGACGGGAGCACUGAAAACGGAUGUCACGAGGAUCGGUAAACGGACUAAAGCUGGUCUUUUGAAAGACGGUGUCAAUGCCUUACAACGAUACUACUUAAACAAUUUCUGUGAUGGUUUCAGACAGGAUUCAAUAGACUUCUUUCUCGGCAACUAUGUAAUUCCAGAAGGUGAGGGUCUCGUAAUACCGUCACCUUUGGAUACAUCUCGUGGUUGGAAAUAUGGAACAUUUCCAUCUGUUCUUAUGUUUGCCGUGGCAAUGUUCUUUGCUUCAGCAAUUUUGCCUCAAGAGUACAACACGGAAAAUCUUCUUUUCUUGCUGUUUUGGGGUGCAAUGGUUGGUGUUACAACUGCCGGUAUUUUCAGAUACGGUUCGGAAUUCGUCGAUUGGCCAAGGCUUCGGCCACCAACUCAUAUUGAUGCCUAGCAAAUAUUUUGACAUUUUUUUAAUUAAAAUUCACAAAUUUGUUUCAUUGUUGUCGUUUUUUGAAUACCAUAAAAAUAUAGCUAAAAAGUAUCACUUGAAUAGCCGAAUUAAAUUUGGUAAGAGGAGAAAACUAAAGUUUCAAAUAUCUUCACAAAAAUGAUUUUAAUAGUUCUUUUUUUUCUAUCGCGGAAUACAUUUUGUCGAAAACGAACAAUUUUUCCACUAAGAGAGAUAAUGUAAAAUAUAGAACGUUUUAAGUAUAGUUAAUUGAAGGAGGUGUUUUUAAUUAUUUUUAGUUGAUACAUUCGAGUCCACUUUAUAACUCACCCAACUUGCGACAUUCGAGAUAGAAUCUCUUUGCUAAGCAAAAACAAUGAUUGAAUGAGAAAUGCUUUGUAAUAUUAAACCCUGUGCCAGUGAGACUAUUCAUAAUUUGUGUUUUGGAGCACGUCCAUUCAGGCAAAGACAUUAUGUUCGUUUUCCUGUUUCGUUUUUAGUAUUGUAACACACCAGUUGAUAAUGCAGACAGAAUAUUCGCUAUUGAAGAAGUUUUCUGCUUAUUGAAUAUCAGAUUUAUUUAUAUUUGAUUACACUUAUUGUUUUUAUUUACCCAAUAAAGUUAUUUUUGUAACAGAA